AUGGAAAGCAUUGAAAGAAAUGAAGAUCCAAAUGAGCACACUCAACAUAAGGAAAAGAAUCAAUUAACUAACUUCGAGCAUAAUGACGUUGUAUUCUUCAAGCACAAGGAGAGGGGUAGAUUAGGAAUUGGGAGAGUCGUGAACUUUUACACAGAACUCAAAGUUAAUGAUAUUCAUUUAUCACCCAAUCAUAACAUAAUCCUGGCCAACUACACCAAAAUAUUGAACAAUCUAAAUGAUGAAAAUUAUGUCCAGAGUUACAUUGCAAAUUUAAGCAGUGAAAAUGUAGACAACAACCAUCCACAGGAAGCCACUAACCCUAAUACAAGUGAAAAAAUUAAUUGUGAGCCUUACGAAAAGGAGCAAAAACAGGAUAAUAAAUAUACAAAUUUGGAGGGAAAAAAUGAAGAAAAAGAAAUACAAGAUAACACAAAAACGGGAAUCAAUAACAACAAUGCAAAUAACCCUCAGUUCAAAUGUGAAAUGAAAAAAAGACGCAGGAGAAAAGGAAUACACACAAUGGAUACUGCCCUUAUGAAUAGUAACAGCAUAAGCAAUUGCGUAAUACGUAAAAAUGAUGAAAAAAGAAAAUCCAGUGAAAUAUUCUAUAUUAUCCAAUCAUUAGAAAAUUAUAGAUAUAUUUUACAAUACAAAAAAGAUUUCAAAUAUUUUAAAAUAUUUACCCAUAAAAAGUGGGAACUUGUCAAAACUCACUUCUGCAAAAACAUACAAAAUAAAAUGAGUUUCGUUCUCGCCAUGAAAUUAUUGGAAGUUAAAAAGGUAUACGAGCACAAUGUAAAUUUACAAAAUGUUAUGAUAAAUAAGUUGAUGAAAAUUUAUGAAAGCGAAAGGGAUCUCCAUGUAGAUCACCUUGUCCUAAAUUUUAUUAAAAAAGUAGACGUGCGAAUUAUAUUGCAAAAUAAUGUCCUCAUAACUAAUGAUGAGUUUAAUGAAAUUACAUCAAGCAGCAAAAAGGAGAAUGAUGAAGACAACAGAUUGGAGAUGUUCCAUUCGAACGAGCUUAAUUCCCUUCUGGAUGAAGAAAAUGCGACCACCCAGGGGGAAAUGACUCAUUUGUGGGGUUUCCACAAGGAAAGCUGUGGGAGAGGCAAAAUGGGAAGCGACUACGAUGAGGAGAUGAACACCCCCCAUCAGGGUAGUCAUCUGGAUGAUCAGCAGAAGGAUAUGAAUCACACAAGUAAUGUAAAUUAUUUCUGCAAGAGCUCCAUAGAUUGCGAAACCAAGGAGCACCUUAACUUUGGGAAGAAGCACCCCCCCCAAAACGCGAUGAAAUAUCUCGUUGGCUGCGGGACCGACCAAACGACUGAUUCUUCCCCUUGCAGCGACGAUCAAGAAGGCCCCUGCAAAAUGCACCAAAAUGACAACAUCAACCUCCAACAUUACGGAAGGGGAAGAAGAGUAAUAGAAGGGGAAACGUAUCAAUACGAAUUGAAAGGAAACCUACUUGCCAAGUUUAAAUCACCCCAAGGGAUUGCAUACAGAGGAUGCAUUAAGAAUAUUUGUAAAGGUAAAAAUACCAUUCUUUCCUACUUCUUAAUUGUCCCCUCCUUUUUCUGGUUCAACGAUUCUUACUACUUCUCUUGCUUAAACAUCGAUAUGGACAUUUUCCAACUUUUGGAAAUCAUCAAAAUUGUUGAUAAAUCAAAAAAGAAACAAAUAGAAAGUAUACCCUUCGCCAAGUACGAAGGCUUGAGAAAAAAUUACGAGUCUAUGUAUAAGACUAAACCUAAUGGCGUCCACAGUUUGUUACGAAAAGGGGCGACAGAUAAUACUUCUGCAAAUGUUCGGAUGCCUGCCGCAAAGAAGGCUAUAACGAAAAAGAGAAAAAGGCGCAGAAGGCGUACAGUAAAUGUGGAAAACGGGCAGACAAUAAAUAAAGAACGUAGCGUAGACAAAACAUCAAGGAAUUGUGUCACCAAGGAAAAAAUACGAAAGAAAAUCAAAAAAAGGAAAAAGGAACAGAAAGAAAAUCUAGAUGGUAAAGCUGACAGAGGCUUAAAAAUUAAGAAGCGAAAAAAGGUGAUGCAGACAGAAGUAACCUAUGAAAAAUGUAAGGGGAAAAAGAAGACAGUAAUACCAAUUCAAGAAAAGAGCAAUAGGGAGGAAGAGGCGAAAGAAGUUAAGGGGGUGCGGAAGGUGGAAGAAGUUGAAAUGAAGAAGGAAAUAGAAAAGGGGGCACUCCACGAGAAUGAAAAGGAAAUGCGUCACAAAAAUGAAAAGGAAAUGCAUCACAAAAGUGAAAAGGAAAUGCAUCACAAAAGUGAAAAGGAAAUGCAUCACAAAAGUGAAAAGGAAAUGCAUCACAAAAGUGAAAAGGAAGUGCAUCACAAAAGUGAAAAGGAAGUGCAUCACAAAAGUGAAAAGGAAAUGCGUCACAAAAGUGAAAAGGAAGUGCGGAACGAAAAUGAAGAGGAAAUGCAUCGCAAAAAGAAAGAGCAGUUACCCAACGAAAAAGAAACCAAAGUACAGAACAAAGAAACAGAAACAAACUGCCUUCUCAAAACGCCACACAAUCUUACUGGUGACAAGGCAAUCAAACUGACACAGGAUUCAUCUACAAAAAGGACCAUCUUCAACAUAAACAAGGAAAGAACAAAGACAUAUCUUACCAAAUUAGCACUUUUUUUUAAAUUUUCGAAGGAACGCGAACAAAAAUUGAAGGAGGAUGAUGAAGAGGAUAAAAAAGAAACUGAGCCCCAAACGGUUGAGUGCGAAGCUGCACAUGAAAAUGGCUACAUGGAGGAUAAUAAAAAAGUGACACAUGAUAAAUCGAACACAAAUGAGAACGACCAAAGCAUAAACGUAAUAGCCAAGGUGAAUGAGGAGAAGGAGGAAGUAAACUUCAGAAAAGAAGAUCCAGAGCAUAAAGACCCCAACGAAAAUGUCAAUCAAGGAUAUGCAAAUGUGAAUGAAGGCAAAGGGGAGCCAGAUGCUCAAGUGCAAGAUCAAGAUAACACACUUAUUAGUAAAUUAAAUGCAAAGGGUAAAGAGGUAGAUGAACACAACGUUGUGGAUCCCCCCUUUUUGGGUAAAGGAAACACAGACGAGAUGCACAAGCAUAUCAACUAUCAACAAGAAGAAAGUGUGGAUGAAAAUGUAAUAAUAAUUAGCGACGACACUGAUUACUUAAAUGACGAUGAUGGUAACACCUCUUGUAUAAUUAUUGAAGAAGGAAUUGUAAGGGAUAAUCAUAAACCAAUGGAAGGCAUAGUGGAGCCUUUAUAUGAAAAAAUGAGCCAAAUGGACAUUACAAAUGAGGAAGAAAUUUUUAAAAAUGAAAAUUUUGCAGACCUUAAUGAAGAUAACUAUGUAAAACCUACAAAUUACAAAAAUGACAUUCUGGGCGAUAAAACGGAUUCGCUCAAUGGUGACAAUAGGAGCUAUCAGAACGAAUCCACCAUUAGCCAAUAUUCUUAUGAGAAGAAAGGUACAAGUAAUGACUAUAAUGGUAGAGACCAGAAUGGGUCAACGAUUAGCCAAAAUUCCUACGAAAAAAACGAAGGAAUAAACUGCGAUAAUGCAUACGACAGGAACGAAUUCACAGCUAGCCAAAAUUCAUACGAAAAAAACGAAGGAAUAAACUGCGAUAAUGCAUACGACAGGAACGAAUUCACAGCUAGACAAAAUUCCUACGAAAAAGACGAAGGAAUAAACUGCGAUAAUGCAUACGACAGGAACGAAUUCACAGCUAGACAAAAUUCCUACGAAAAAGACGAAGGAAUAAACUGCGAUAAUGCAUACGACAGGAACGAAUUCACAGCUAGCCAAAAUUCAUACGAAAAGAUUGAACAGACCAUCGGCGCAGUAACGAGCGAAGUGAACCGUCCGGGGUACGACACCCGUAUGAGCUUCUCGAGCGAACAGAUGAACGGGACCAUAAUUAGUAACGCAAACCAUGUAGGUAGCCGAUCGAACACAUACCUCAAAAAGAUGAUCAACAUAAACAACCUUGUGAAAAAAGAAUCCCAUCAAAAUGAAAAUUACAAUCUAACAGUGCAGGUCGACUUCUCAAAUAAAAAAGACACAUCCAGAAUGUGUAGUACUACGCAAACCGACUACAACAACUUAUGUAAGAACAAAUGCGCGGAGCACACAAACAAAUCCCUAGAUGAUGAAAAAAUUAAAAAAAUUGAACAGCUGUACAAAUUUUGCAAGGAGGACAUAAACAUUUUACUAUACGUUUACGUCAUGCAUAUAUAUGUGAACAAAUUAUGCAAAAACGUAAUUGUGAAAGUUUUAAAUCCCAAGUGUAAAAAUGUGAAAAAAAAGGAAUAUCCUGAUAACGACUUCAUUUUAACUCCCCUAAUAGGAUACUCUUAUGCGAAUUAUUAUUAUUUAAAAAUAAAUAAAAGGAAAAGAAAAACGAAAAUUAAAGGAAAAACUAAAAUGAACGCAAAAACCAAGAAAAAUACAAAAACGAAAAAAAAUACAAAAACGAAAACAGAAACAGGAACGGAAAUAAAAAUGGAUAGAAAAUUAAAACGAAUAAGGAAAACUCUGAUAACCAAGAAAAGGAAAAGAAAAAAAAAAAAAAAACUUGGACAAAAAAAAAAAUUAAUAGAACAAGCCAAAACAAAAGUUAAAAGAAGGAAGAGGAAAAGAAGAACUCUACAGAAGAAGAAUAACCUUUUAAGUGACACAUACGUGAAGCCCAAAAUGUCUAACCCUAGCUCGGAAGUAAUUUCAAAAAUGAAAAAUAUAGAAGAUAAGACAUGUGGAAAAGCAGAAAAUGUAAUAAAAUAUAACACAAAUUUUGUAAAUUUUUAUUUAUGGGGUAUAUACAAUUGGAACUACAACAAAACUCUCCGCGUUUCUUUUAAUAACAUUUCGAAUAAAAAAAUAAGCAACUUUGAUAUUUACAAUUUCUUUUUUUACAAUUAUGACACCAUCUCCAACUUAAAUGAAAUAAACAAGGACCUCAGUACAUUAAUAAACAUUUACAAAAACGUAAGAAAUGUUUUGUAUCGAAAUUCGUCCAUAUAUGGAAAUUUAUUCUUAUUAAAACCUACAAAAACCAUUGCCAGGACGCAUUCGGAUGAUGAGCUAAUUGAAUUUUGGCUAAAAACACUAAACGAGCUGCAUAAAAUCAGGGAGGGAUUUUGCAAAUUCUUUUAG